AUGGCGCCAAAAAGCAGUUUGUUUCCUUCCCUACACAAGCAGGCCCAACAAUUUUACGGAAUAGCAGGGUUUCCGAAGGUUGUUGGAGUAAUUGACGGGACCCACAUUAAGAUACUGGCUCCAUCAGAGGAGGAGGAUAUAUUCGUUAACCGGAAGGGCUAUCGCAGCAUAAAUGUGCAAGUGGUGUUUGAUGCCUUUGACAGGAACGAGGAAUUUGUUGCACGUUGGCCUGGUUCUACACAUGACAACAGGAUACUGCACAACAGUGGGCUGAGACAGCUUUUUGAAAGAGGCUUUGUCAAUGGUGGUUAUCAUCUGUUGGCGGACAUUGGCUACCCGUGCCGUAGAUGGCUGCUGACCCCUACCUCAACCCUCAACCUGGGGCACAGAGUGCUUACAACAGCCCACAAAAUCACAAGAAGUAAAGUUGAGAGAGGAAUUGGGCAACUGAAGAGAAGGUUUGAGGUAUUGCAUGGAGAAAUUAGAAUGAAACCAGAGAAAGCUUGCAGGUAG